UGGUCGGCUCGGUGUUUCCCCAGUGCAGUGACGGCGAGGAAGGGUCGUGUUCAUUUCAGAAGUCAUCAUGGCGCUAACUCCGCCAGUCAAAGAGCACCCAUACAGCCAUCUUAUAGACACACUACAAGAUGGCAAGAUCCAGUUCUUCAAUCUACAGAAAUUAAGUGACCCAAGAUAUGACAAGCUGCCUUUGUCCAUCCGUGUCUUGCUGGAGGCGGCAGUCCGUAACUGCGAUGGCUUCUUCACUAAAGAGGCAGACGUGCAGAACGUUCUGGACUGGCAGCAGCAGCAGAGCAAAGCCGAGGUGCCGUUCUCUCCAGCGAGGGUCCUCCUCCAGGACUUCACUGGUAUUCCUGCCAUGGUGGACCUGGCAGCCAUGAGGGACGCAGUGGCCAAACAGGGCAUGGACCCCAGCCUGGUGAACCCGAAAUGCCCCACAGACCUCAUCGUAGACCACUCAUUACAGAUUGAUUAUAGCAAAUGCCACAGUGCCAUACAGAAUGCUCCUAACCCAGGAGCAGGGGACGGUCAGAGUCAGGGUCCUUCCCGUCCGGCUCCCUCGUGGCGGGGCUCUCAGUGUGGGGUUCAGCGGGGGUCCUGCAGUAAGUCCUCCUGUAGCGACCCUCCACCCGCCGCAGGGCGAGGGUCCGGGCAGCAGAUCGAGAACACGCCGCUCCUCUGUCCCUUCCACCUGCAGCCCGUGUCUGAUACUGAAACAACUCUGAAGAAUCAAGAAAUGGAGCUGAUCAGAAACAAGGAGAGGCUUCAGUUCUUCAAGUGGUGUUCGAAAGCGUUUAAGAACGUGAACGUGGUUCCUCCGGACGUGGGUGCGGUCCACCAGGUGAACCUGGAGUAUCUGUGCAGAGUGGUGCAGGUCAGCGACGGCUUCAUCUACCCCGACAGCGUGGUGGGGACCGACUCCCACACCACCAUGAUCAACGGCCUGGGCAUCCUGGGCUGGGGUGUUGGGGGCAUCGAGUCGGAGGCCGUGAUGCUCGGCCAGCCGGUGUCUCUGACCUUGCCCGAGGUGGUGGGCUGUAAGCUGGUGGGCUCCAUCAACCCUCUGACCACCUCCAUAGACGUCGUGCUCGGCAUCACUAAGCACUUGCGGCAGGCUGGGAUCUCUGGAAAGUUCGUAGAGUUUUUCGGAGCGGGGGUCUCCCAGCUGUCGGCGCCGGACCGUACCACCAUCGCCAACAUGUGCCCCGAGUACAACGCCACCGUCAGCUUCUUCCCCAUCGACCAGGUCACACUGAAGCACUUUAGAAACACAAAUUUUACCCAGGAGAAACUUGAAUUAAUGGAGUCUUACCUGAAGGCUGUAAAACUUUUCCGGAGCUAUGAAGACGCCUCAGAAGACCCCGAGUACUCUGAGGUGAUUGAGAUCAACCUGAGCGCCAUCGUGCCCUGUGUGAGCGGACCCAAGAGGUCUCAGGACAGAGUGGCCGUCAGCAGCAUGAAGGAGGACUUCCAGAGCUGUCUGGAUGAAAAGGUGGGCUUCAAAGGCUUCCACGUCUCGAAGGAGAAGCAGGACGCCCUCGUCCCCUUCCUGCACGGGGGGCAGGAGUACCAGCUGGCUCACGGCUCGCUGGUCAUCGCUGCCGUCAUCAGCUGCACCAACAACUGCAACCCGUCCGUCAUGCUCACCGCAGGUCUUCUUGCCAAAAAGGCUGUGGAGGCGGGGCUUGUUGUGAAGCCUUACAUCCGGACCAGUCUAGCUCCUGGCAGCGGGAUGGUCACUCACUACCUCAGUACCAGCGGAGUCCUGCCUUACUUCAGCCAGCUGGGGUUUGAGGUGAUUGGUUACGGCUGUGCCACCUGUGUGGGGAACACGGCUCCGUUACCUGAAGCCGUCGUGGACGCAAUCAAACAGGGGGACCUGGUGGCCUGCGGGGUCCUCUCUGGUAACAGGCACUUUGAGGGCCGCCUGUGUGACUGCGUGCGGGCGAACUACCUGGCCUCCCCCCCCCUGGUGGUGGCGUACGCUCUCGCCGGCAAGGUGGGAAUCGACUUUGAGAAAGAGCCUCUGGGUGAGACCUCGGAGGGGAAGCAGGUGUUCCUGCGUGACAUCUGGCCGUCCAGGGAGGAGGUCCAACAGACCGAAGAGGACACGGUCAUCUCCUCCGUCUUCAAGGACCUCAGGGGGAGGAUGGAGAAAGGGAACACGCUAUGGAGCAACAUUGAGUGUCCAGAUUCUGUGGUGUUUCCCUGGGAUCACAAGUCCACAUAUAUCCGUUCGCCAUCUUUCUUCAGCAAGUUGGGUAAAGAUGUCCCUCCUCCUCAGUCCAUCGAGAACGCUCACGUCUUGCUGUUCCUCGGGAACAAAGUGACGACGGACCACAUCUCUCCGGCAGGAAGCAUCGCCCGGGUCAGCGCCGCCGCCAAAUACCUGCAGAGCAAACGCCUGACACCGAGGGAGUUCAACUCGUACGGCGCUCGCAGAGGGAACGACGCCGUGAUGACCCGAGGAACGUUCGCCAGCAUCAAGCUGCUAAAUCGCUUCAUCGGCAAACCGGGUCCGAAGACUCUGCACAUUCCCUCAGGCCAGAUGCUGGAUGUCUUCGAGGCGGCAGAUCGUUACCAUAGAGACGGCGUCCCCCUCAUCAUCCUCGCCGGCAAAGACUACGGCUCGGGGAACUCCAGAGACUGGGUCGCUAAGGGACCCUACCUGCUGGGGGUUCGAGCGGUCAUCGCGGAGAGUUUUGAGAAGCUGCACGUGAAGCAGCUGGUGGGGGUGGGCAUCGCGCCGCUGCAGUUUCUGCCCGGCGACAGCGCCGACUCUCUGGAGCUCAGCGGGAAGGAGAGGUUCAGCGUGACUCUGCCCGAGAGCCUGAGCCCGAGGCAGCAGCUCACUGUCAAGACAAGCCAAGGAAAGUCCUUCCUGGUCACCGCACUGUUCGACACGGAGAUGGACGUUAUCUUUUUCCAGCACGGAGGCCACCUCAGAUAUGUUGCUCGGACUUUUCUCUGAAGGCAAAGCUCUUCUCACCGCCAUCAUAUUACCAGUUAGUCUUCAGCAUGGAUGAAAAACAUUAAGCUAACGGAGCAACGUAGCGGCGGAUGAUCCGUCUGUUUGAGGUGGAUCAACAUCUCCGGACUUUUGGAGUUUUCGUUUUCAGACCGAGCUGCUUCUCCGUCACCACACAUGGUUGUUCCUGCAGUCGUGUCUCCUCACAGAACAGAAACAGAGACGUGAUGACAUUGUGUUUUAUUGUUUUGGAAACCAGAUUUUCAGCGUACUGACUUUUCUUUCUUCAUGGAGGGGAGCCGAGGAGAACUGAAUCUGCUUCUGUUGUCGUCUGACACGGUGCUGCAGCAUGAAUACUUUUUAUUUUUAAGGGUGUGUCGUAGCCUGUUUUUUUAUCAACAUCCCAGUCUUAUUAUGCAGGAUUGAUGUCAAUUGCCCAUAUUUCCCAUUGUGGCUUUAUCAUUUUAUGUAAAUUAAUGUUCUGUUUAUUUGAUACAAAUUCCAUUUUACAAUUGUCUCCCAUAGCUCAAUUUGUGUUUUGUGGAAACUAUGGAGGUUUUGCUUUUUCACAAUGGCUUCUUCCUAACAUCUGACAGUCCUCUGUAUCACAAUAAAGCUACAUUAUGAGUCAG